GUAUGGAGCCCUGAGGCCUGCGUUUGCUGGUCGCUGGCUGUCCUGACUUGCUGCCUCUAGAGGACCCACCCGGUUUCCGGGAUGGCGCUGGAGGUUUACGAGGUUUCCUUCGCAGGGACUACGGCGGGGCGAGUGUGACUGCGUGGGCGAAAGGUUUUUGGAGGAUGUGGAUUGUACAGGAGGGUGAGAGAGAGCGAGAGCGUGCGCGGGGUCUUCGGAACGUAGUUACCGGGACUAGAGGAGUUCUGCAGUUUUCCCAAAGUGCCCAGAAGAGCAGAGAAGCAUGGCUAUUGUGGAUGUCAACACUGUGUUCAAGGAGUUGGUGGUUUUCAGGGAUGUGACUGUGGAGUUCUGUAAGGAGGAGUGGGAGUGCCUGGGCCCUGAUCAGAGGUCUUUAUACAGAGAUGUGAUGCUGGAGAACUACAGCAACUUUGUGUCCCUCGGACUUGCUGUUCCUAAGCCAUCAGUCAUUUCACUGCUGGAGCAAGGCAAAGAACCCUGGGUAGUCGAGCAGACAGGAUGGUAUUCAGAUUUGCUGUCUGUAAACGAAACUAAAACUUUAUCUCUAAAGAAUGGCAUCUUUGGAAAAGAAUCAUUAAAAUGGAAAAUAAUAGAAAGAGUCGCUGAUUCAGCUUGCCUUGAGGAGUCGUGUUUUGGAGAUGGUUGGAAAUGCAGGGGACUACUUGAGACUCAGCCGGAGUCUGCAGAGGAGUGUCUACAGGGAGUGACAGCCCCGCUGGAGAAGAUGCCACCCAAAUUCAUCGAGCCUGUACCCAUUGCUCUAGGUGAGAUAGCUCAUUCUGAAACAAAACCCUUUGAGCAGGAAGCGGGUGAAGCCAUUAUUCAACAGGUGAGAAUUCCUACAGGUGACAAACUUACUGAGAUGUACGAGAAAGCCUUUGUCUACUACACGGAUCCAGAGAAGCGUCAGCAGGCUUUUGCUGCGGAGAAGUGUGGGGAGUUGAAGGAGUGCGGCAGGGGGUUCGAGUAUGACUUCCAGCUCGCCCCGUAUCAGAUCAAUAAGAAGCCCUACCAGUGUGAGAUCUGUGGCAAGAUCUUUGAGAAGCACGCUUACCUGGUUCAACACAACCGCUUCCACACGGGGGAGAAGCCCUGCGAGUGCAAGGAGUGCGGGAAGGCCUUCACCAACUGCUCCCUGCUGGUGCAGCACCAGAGGGUCCACACCGACGAGAAGCCCUACGAGUGCAAGCACUGCGGGAAGGCCUUCCUCUACUUCUCCACGUUUUUCCAGCAUCAGAGGACGCACACCAACGAGAAGCCUUACGAGUGUCACAAAUGUCAGAAGGCCUUCAACAAGAGCGCGAAUCUCACCAGACACCAGCGGAUCCACAGCGGGGAGAAGCCCUAUGAGUGCAAUCUGUGCGGAAAGACUUUCACGUGGGCUUCCAACCUCAACGACCACCAGAAGAUCCACACCGGCGAGAAGCCCUAUGAGUGUAACUACUGUGAGAAGGCCUUUCUCUGCCACUCGGCAUUCAUGAAACACUAUAGAACUCACACCAACGAGAAGCCCUAUGAGUGCCAGGAAUGUAUGAAGGCUUUUAGGCAGAAAGCACAUCUCAUCCAACACCAGAGAGUUCACACUGGUGAAAAGCCCUACGAAUGUAAGGAAUGUGGGAAGGCCUUUGCCUGUCCCUCGUACUUUAAUAGACACCAGAGAAUUCACACAGGGGAGAGGCCGUACGAGUGUAAGGAGUGUGGGAAGGCCUUCAUCGACUGCAAGACUCUGAUCCUGCACCAGAGGAUCCACACGGGGGAGAAGCCCUUUCAGUGCCGGCAGUGCGGCAAGGCCUUCAGGCAGAGGUCCCACCUCACGCAGCACCAGCGCAUCCACACGGGCGAGAAGCCCUACGAGUGCAAGGAGUGUGGGCAGGCCUUCACUCGGCUCCUGCAGGUGAAGAAGCACCAAAGAAUCCACGCGGUGGGAGAAAUCUUGUGUAUUUGAAUGCUGCCCUUUAUUUAUUGAACAGGCCCUACUCGGCGUCUUCUCGUACCUGCAGAAGAUCAGUGUUAAUAAGAUCGGAAGGAUGGGCAGUACCUUUAUGUGUCCCUCAGCUCUCUAGACCUGCUGAGAGACGCCUUCGGGAGUGAGGUGUGCGGAACGACCUCUCCCUGUAUUCAGCAUGCAAUUUAUACCACGUCUAGGACAGGAAACCCUUGUUGUUCUCAGCUGCCCCUGAUGGAAUAAGACUUUGUAAGAGAGGAGGACCAUCUGAUGACUGUACCUUUUUUCUUUAUAACCUAUGGUUUAUUGAGUACUAAUUCACAUAGGAAAAAUUAAAUUAUGAAUAGAAAUACUAAUUCUCUUACGAGUAAAAGGGUAUUUAAUUGUAGCUAUAGAAAAUACCACAUUGAGAACAAUGGCGAGGGCUUUGUUAGUGUAGAAGCAGCUCGCGCAUCGCUCGUCCCCUGUGUUGUAUUAUGUUGACGUCAGCCCUGCUUCAGGUUGCUGCCUUUCAGCUGGUAGUAUGGCUACUGUGAGGAUUGAAUGAAUUCAGUAAAAGGGACCAUCGCGUAGUCACUAGCAAGGAGGAAUGAUUAGGAAAUACUAGGACUCAUCUUCUUUAAUAGCCUUUGUAACUCUUUUUGGAAUGUUCAUAUGCAAUUUGUCAAUGACGUCGCCUGUCAGAGCUUAUUCCAUACCAAAGCUUUCGUAACGAGCUCAGGAGUGGGAAUGAUUGGAAUGGAGCACAGGCAGAUUUUCACUUCAACUUCAGUUGACUCAGAAAAUUGACUCUAGCAGGACUGCAUGAAGUCACUGAUCGGUGCAUUAGAGUGAAGAUGAGCUCAGAGUCCUCCCUCCACGGCAGAAGCGGUGUGUUUGCAGGACAGUUGGAUCUGCACAGGGUGUGAAUUGGAACACACUUGUAAUCUGUAACCGUCACAACAGGACUCUUGGAUUCUGUGAAAAAGGCAGUGUGAAAGUAUAGCUUGCUUCUGUGUGAAAGAUAACAGCAGACCUGUCCUAAAACCUGAUAUGGCUCAUUUAAAUAAAUGCUAUAAAACAUUCCAUCAAGAAAGCAAUAAAUCUUAGAGUUGACAGCAGAAAUAUAUAUUAUAUACAAUAAUUGAUCGAUGAAUUUAAAGAAAGUUCUUUUUAAAAAAUAAUAAAAUGGGAUCACUGGGCUUUAAAAGCUUUUUCCAAAUCUUCUGAUACAUAGGCCAGAAGUCCCAGGUCCUAAGGAGACCUUUGAAGGACACAAAUGUGACCGGCAGUGGUGCCGGGAACUGAAACAUUCUAGGCAGAAGUGUGGUCAGGUGGUUGUUUUUGGUUUAUUUUGAGACAGGGUCUCACAAGUUAGUGGCAAUCCUCCUGCCUCGACCGCUUGCGUGCGGACAUUAGAAGUGUGUGCCACCACACUGGCUUGAACUCAGAGCUCUGAGCCUGCUAGGCAUGGUUUUGCCACUGAGCUACAUCCCCAACCCUUUGUAUUUUUCUGAGACAGGGUCUUGCCUAACUGCCUAGGCAGCCCUUGAACUCAGGAGCCCUCUCGAAUAGCCGCCACACAUCUCUGCCACCAAGUACAGCUAGAAAGUUUUACUGCUCUAAAAUAAUUUGUUCAGUGUUAUAUCAGUUAAGUUUGAAACGCUUAGAGUAAGUUUCGUGUGAAUGUGUAUAAAUGGUUCUGAUUGACUCGCAAACCUCUAGAAAGCUGGAAUAAAGCCACUAUACUCUUCAACAAAGUAGAAAAUCGCGCUGUGGUACAGUAAAGGAAGGAGGCGGUGUAGUGUUCAACCAGGGAGCUAAGUCUUUGCUGGAGAUAGGGCGUCAUGUAACCCAGGCUAGCCUCAACCUCGUAAUCUUGCUUUAGCUUCCCAAGUGCUGGUUUAUCAGAUAGGUACCAAGGAAAUUUGAAACAUUAUCAACAUAACGCCUUUGCCAAUCCCUCCUUUUUAUAAGGUUGAAUAACCUUUUUACUGAGAAAAAAGUUAGAAAUCUUAGAGUAUAUUGAUUGGUGAACUCAUGUAAUCCCAGCACAGGGAAGGCCGAUGCGGGAAAAUUUGGGCUGUUCAAGCCCAAACUGGGCCAGAUGAGACGGCAAGCAAAGGCAAUGGACAUAGAAGGAGCCAGUGGGAAACUGGCAGAAUGGUGGGCGUGAAUUGCAUCAGUAUCUCCAGAAGCUACUUGACUAGGCUGAUUGCCAUAGUUGAAGUUUUUUCCUUAUUUAGACGAAAUACUGGGUUGGUGUGGGACAUCUGGAAUCAUCUCUUGGAAGGCAAGGAUGAGAUUGCUGUUGUUUCAUAAUAGCUUGGGAUAUUCUGAGCAAUACCAUCUCAGAGAGCGAGACACACAGAGAGAGAAAGAAAGGAAAGGAAAGAAAGCUACAGAAGGAUUGAAAUUGAAUGAGGAGAAAGACCCAUGCUGUUGAGAUAGUAACCAAAGGAAUCCCCCAUGGAAGAGUUCAAGAAGAAAUGACAAAAAUUAUUUAUUAAAAAAUUAGGGGAAAAGAUGCAGUGUUCAAUAGUUCAUUGAAAGAAUCAGAGUCGUUCAUUUGUAACUAAUAGCAUGGCCUCCACAGAUAACAAGCUAAAGCUUAAUAAACUACAGAGAAGGCCAGCUCGGAGUUCAACAUGCCUGUUAGCAAAAUCAGGCUGGACCUCUUGAAUUAAUAUCAUUGAAAGGUCUAAUGUGGACUCUUCCACAUUUACAAAAUAUUCUCUUAUAUAAAUGUUACUUUCUGUGUCUCGAAUGUCAAGUCUAUAAGUAUCAGUCUGGUCAAAUUAUACAUAAUGCCUUCUUACUUACCUAGGCCUUAGUGAAACCUCUCUAGAUAUUUGGAAAUACACUUUGAAAUCAUUUCAGAAUAACCAUUAGUUAAACUUAAUGGAAUUGAGGGGGAAAUGAUAGUUAUGCAUUUGUGGUGUGCACUGGACAGUGUUUUCCAGGAAACAAGUCAGUGAGGAAUUCAUCGAGAUGAAGGAGAAUUUUAAAAGGUAGAAGAAGAAAUAGAGGCUAGGAACAGCAAUUCGGGGGGAAGCAAAAUUGAUACAACAUUUUAAACAGUUGACAUAUUCUGGGGUAGUGUCUUUAGCUAUUAAGAAGGAGUUAUUGAAGCUGGGCAUAGUGGCUCAGAUCUUCAGUCCUAGCCUUCGGGAGGCGGAGACGGGAUGACCUCUGUGUUCCAAGCCAUCCUGGCCUACAGAGCGAGACCCUGUCUGGGGAAUCACAUAGUUCUUAAGGCCUGCAGUGUAGCUCUAAGGACUGUAGGCCCUGGGCAGCCUGGGCUACAUAAUGAGGCUCCUUCCCCUCAACACUGAAACUAAAUUUUACACAUUAUUGAAGAAUGAGUCCUUUAGUGCUUUUCAGAGUAGAAAGUGGAAUUUAUUAGAAAAUAAAGAUUAACAUCCUCAUUCAUAGUCCUUGUCUAUGUACUGUUACUUUUUUUUUUUUUUGGCCUUCACCAUAGUUAAUUAAAUCACAUAGUUGAUUAAAUUACUGAGGUAUGUAGAAGCCCUUUUAUCCCUUGAAAUAUAGAAUGAGGUGACGAUCUUUGUACAUAUUAGCUUCUAUACACAGAUGUGAAUUAAAGUUCAUCCUUGGGGUGGAUUUGCUGCCUCUGAGUGUAUGUACAUUUACAAAAGGCCUUGGUUCUUUAACAUUGUGUAGUGCCCUUCUCUGAAAUCUUUGCUGACACCUUUUUGUUUGUUAAAACUUUGAUUUUGCUAGUCUGUUAAGUGAAAAGUGUUACGACAGUUUUGGUUUGCAUUUCCUGCUGUAUGUAAUUUGUGUCUAAUGCCAUAUUUUCCUAUUUUCAAAUAUUACAGUUUCUGUGGAGCGUCUCAGUACCGUUUUCUGUUGAAUGAUUGUCUUCCUGAUGGCUAUCUAAGACUUACAGCCAUUUAGGCUAUAGUUACAUCAGUUUUCUUUUUAUGUUUGGCUUGGGUUUGUAAACCUAACCAGUUUGUGAUUGGAUGGCGUUAAUGCGUGUAAAUCAUUUUUUCCAUUCCAGUGUGUUUUCCAAAAUCCCAUGCUUUGCUGUCACGGCUUACGAUUUAAAAUGUAAAUACUGGACUGUGCAGCUUUGGUUAUGCCGAGCUAGGCAGGAGCAGUGUGUUACCUCUCACGGAUGGUGACUUGAUUGUCUCAACCAUGGGUCCUGUCAGUUUUAAGCUAACUCAUAAGCUGAGUUCCUGUAUUUUGGGGCUUACUCCCCUCCUCUCUAAAAUUUGUUUUUAUUUUGAGUGAAGUCUUGCUGUUGAGCCUAGGUUGGCCCUCCUCUCCUGAUCCUCCUGUCAGCUUCCCAUGUGCUGGGAUUAUAGGGGCAUGCCACCACAUCCACUUGGACCUCUCUCUAGCUCACUGUUGCCCCUCACCCCUCCAGUCUCUUUUUAAGAUUUAGUUUUAGCUGGGCAUGGUGCACACACAUUUAAUCCCAGAACUCAGGAGGCAGAGGCAAAUGGCUCUCUGUGAGUCUGAAGACAGCCUGGUCUACAUAGAGUUCCAGGCCUGCCAGGGCUGCACAGUGAGACUAUAGUUUGUGUGUGUGUGUGUGCACACAUGUGUGUGUGUGUGUGUGUGCGCGCGCCUUGUGCAUGUGAGUACAGGUGCUUUCUUUCAGAGACAUAUGUGGAGCCAGAGAUAUCAGCUGGCCUGUAACUGGAGUGGUUAUAAGGCACAGGGGUGUUAGGAACCAGGAACUGGACUUGGGUCCUCCGCAGAAGCAUGCUCUUCAGCACAGAGCCAUCUCACCAGCCCCGCUUUUCUUCUGGAAUGCGGCCUUGCUUUGUAGUCCUUGGGUCCUGUAACCUGUGGCCCUCCUCCUCCGUCUGCCUCCAGAGUGUUGUGAUUACUGGUGUUUACCACCUCACCCAUCUCGGAUCUGUUUCUUGACUUUCGUGGCCUGAUGCUCUCCCUGUCCCUUCUUGCAUUAUAAUCAGUUGUUUAAAAGUCAUUGCUUACACCAGGUGUGGAUGUGCAAGCCUUGAAUCCCAGCACUCAGGAGGCAGAGGCAGGUGGAUCUUUCUGAGCUUGGGGCCAGCCUGAUCUACACAGUGAGUUCCAGGAAAGCCAGGGCUACAUAGUAAAAACCUGUCUCAAAAAAAAAAAAAAAAAAAGUCAUUGUUUAAUAAAAUGUUUUGAUACUUGUUAGACUACAUAGCCAAGGAUGGCCCCCAUCUUUGAUGGUCUUGAACUUGUCCCCCAGCUUAAUGGCAGGCAUGUACCCCCAUGCCUGGUGGGUAAGUGGCUCAAAGUGUGUUACUGAACAUAAUAAAUAUUUGAAAACUGUUAUGGUUUAAAUUGUCCUCUUUGGGGGAUUCGGGGCAAUUUUCAAUAAAGUGCUUGCCAUCCAAGCCUGUGGACCUGGGUUCUGAUCCCAGGACUCACAUAAGAUACCAAGGAGAGGCAGUAUGCUUCGUGAUGCCACUGUGGGGGACAGAAGAGAAGCAGAGAUUGUAGGGCUUCAACAGCCAGCCAGUCUGGCUGACUCAGCAAGCUCCCGUCUCAGAAAACCAAGUGAGGAGUAAUAGGCAGAGUAAUAGCCUGUAGCCCAGGCUGCCCUUGAGCUAAAUGAUCCUCCUGUUUCAUCCUCCUGAAUGCUGAGGUUUCAGACAUGGGCUAUCACAACCAGCUUUAAGUUUUGUCCUUUGGAAAUAGUAAAUUUUAUGUAAUUUCUUAUUCUAGAACUGAAUAACCCUCAGGUCGUGCCCUCAGAAUUCUCCGUGGAAGUGGGAAAUACCUGGAUGGGCAUGAUUGGCUUGUGGUUGGAGGAAAAACCCUAAAAUGUGGUGCAUUCUUGCCUGUCUUCAUUGUACUGGUUAGUUUUAACUGUCAACUUGAUGCUCUUAAGAGUCAUCUGCCGGGAGAGUCUUACUGAGGUGUUAUUUAGAUCAGGUUGGCCUAUGGGUAUGUCUGGCAGAUUGCUGUGAUGGUUAAUUGGUAUAGAAGGACGCAGCCCACUGUGGGUGGCACCAUUCCCUAGGUGGGGCACUAAACUAUGUAAAAGUGAAGAAAGCUAGCAAGCAAUAGUUCAUGCAUUUAGUCUCUGUUUUUGGGUGUGGAUGUUAGGCUUUAGUUCCUGCCUUGAAUCCCCCAUAACAAUGAUGGACUGUAACCUGGAACUGGAAGCCAAAUAAACCCUUUUCUCCCCUAA